AUGGACCCGAAAAAGACAUUUGCCACUACCGACUCGGCCUCUAUUGAUGCCUCUCUCUUUGAAUUAGACCCGCCGGUCGGGCAGCCAUCGAGGACCCUUCGGGCUCCUUCUAUUGACUUAAGGCGGCGGUCACACUCGAGCUUGCGAUCGGAAUCCAACACACGAGCGCCAUCACCCUCGCCAUGCGCGACCCGAGAAAUCGUAGGGGAGGAUUGUGCGCUGCAGAGGUUCAUAGUGUGGGCUGCUGUCAAGCGAAAUAGAUCAGUUCGGAUGCCGCGAAGCGACCGUUUAAAAUGCCCUCUCGUCUCGUGCGGACAACAAUUCGAUGACCAUGAAGCAAUGCUAAGGCACUUGUCUAAGUGUAGGCAUCUUAAAACUGGUGAAUACCUAUGCUACGAUUGCAUGAAAAUCGAACGAUUCAACGAUGAAAAGUGCCGAGGUUGUCUUGGCCACCCGACUAAACGACGACGAAUUAUUAAUAUGGCAAAGAGCUUCUUCUCGAAUAUUGGUAACAAAUCACGCAGGGAAGGAUCACAGCCUAACUUUCAAGACGACGUUGCGAUGCCCCCGCCCAGCUACGACUCUCUUGUAAUCGAUCUCAACCAACAAAGCGAGCAGCGAGAACGAGAACGAGGGCGGGAGCAACAACACCACAAUCAACCGCAGCAGGAACAACAACAGGAACGACGACACCCCCAUCCCAGACCUCAGCUGGAACUAAAUGGUAGAGAGAUACACGAACUAGACUCUAGACAAAUGUUCCCAACAGCUCAACUCGACUCCGUCAAUUACGACACGCGAUCUGAGGACAUGCCCGAGGCCUCAGGUCGACACGACAAGACACAUAGCCCUAUGCCAUGCCAGCAUACUAAUUCACUUUCGAAGCGUAGAGAUCCUUCGUCGCAUCGUCAUAAGGAGAAUAAUUCUAUGCCUCCUCCUAACUUUGUACCUUCGGACUCUGGAAGUCGCCGCCCUUCGCUAGCUCUAGAUACGCACAUGGACCGAUACAGGAGCAUUCCCCGGGCAAAACGCAUUUCUCCCAGCUCUUCACUUCGGUCGACAAGGAGUUCGCAUGGUGUAUCGCCAAUCACUCCAUGGAGUACGGAUUCUAGUAGCGCUGGGCCUUGGACUUUAUGUUCCAGCAUUGACACCGCAAUGACAUCGCCGAUAACUCCCUUCAGCCCGACCGAUCUUCCACCAACAUCCCACCCGGAAAGUAUUUUGAAUACGACGAAGGAUGCAAACACAUGUCCUGAUGAUGAUUGCAACUACAUGGUUGAUAACUUACCUGAAUUGCCUGGCGAUGACUCAUUGUCUAUACCGCGUGGAAUGUCCGAUCCAUUGUCAUUUUGCUUCGACCCCAAGGAUAACUAUUCAUGGAUGCAAUCUGUAAACACUGAAAUAUCCCUCGCAACCUCAGUCAAUAUGAUGUUCACAGAUUCUAACCCCAAGCCCACGAGUAUGCCACCCGAGUUCCUCGAACAAUCAGAUCGUGGUUUAGAGACUAGAACACUUGUCGAAUCUGCCUGGGAUACGAUACAGGAACAUGUGUCAUCUUCUCUAUUAAAAUUGUCGCAGAUACAAGGAAACCCAUUAGUUGACCGACUUCGAACAUAUACAACGAAGGCCGUGGCACUUACCGGCCUUUCCAGUCUACGAAGCGUCCUUCAAGGCAAUACCCUCACGGACCCGUUCGAAUGCAUCUGCUUUAUCCACCUUAUCUACGCCUUCUCUCUUAUACUUCAUGAAAACGAACUUGAGACUCGUUGCAAUUCAUUGUAUCGACAGGCUAUGGCUUAUCGACAUUCGAUUAAUCCGGCCCAUGCUCAAGAAUAUACUUAUGUCGUUACAACAAUCUGGCAACCCACUAUCCCUUCAGGUGGCUCAUCGAAUCGGAAGGGCAAGGAGCCCGAGUACCGGACAGAACCAAAACAAAAUGCAGACACCGAUGCUCUCGUCAUGGUGGGGCAGAAUUUCCUCGAUGAUGUCGAAAAUGCCGCCAUCGCCAUACAUAGUAAUGCGGACAGACCUAUCGAAGUCGUUACAUCUGAGCUCUGGUCUACGCACCUUAUGGAGUUCCAGCCUCAGACUUCACAAAACAGUCCUUUCAUUAUAACGGUUGACUAUAUUAUUUCAGUUCUCAGUACGAGAUUUACAGAUUCCAAAGUACUUUUACCCAAACUUAGAGAAGUUGGACAAAGUGCGCACACCGGGAUCAUCACCACUGUCCGCAAGUUGGAACUUGCCAUAUUGCAGGCCGGCAAGACCUCUCUAGAAUCGUCCGACCUCUUCGACGAGUUCAUUCCACAAGUAAGGAGACUUUGCGACCCAAUUUACUUAGAACAGGGGUUUCACUCAAGGACAAGAUACCAAACCCUAGGGGUAUCGCUAGUGGAGGCUCUAAUUCAAAAUAUGGCGUCGGGUUUGCAACGUGCGCAGGAAGGGCCAGAAACAUUCCAGUUGGGGUUGACAGACCCAGACUCGUACAACGAAUUUCUCGAUAAUCUUCACGAAACCUUCGAUGAGCCCGAUAAUAUCGAAGCUGAUUUCCUUGCACAUCUUGGUACAGGUGCAUCUCAGCAGAGCCAGACGGAGCUCUCAGGCACCCAGAGUUUCGAAACAUCAGUCGAUUCUAUUACCAUCCAGGGUAUUGGUUCUAGUGCUCGGCAAGCUGGUACUUCGAAAUCUUUUGUUGCCCCUAUCCCAUCACAUACAAGGGCGCCAAGUGAGUCGUUCAGUGCUUCUCCUGGCUUGCCACGACGAACGGCCGUUCCAUCUCCGCCGAAAUCUUCGACGCCAACCCCCGCCGGUUUAAGUCCAAGACCUUUGUCUUCUGUAUCUUCUACGAGUCAUAAAGUGGAAGCGAAUGAUGCUUGCGAGCUCUGCGGGUACCGUCCGAAGGGUGAUCCACAAUGGUUUAAAGGCAGCAUGGCGAAACACAAGAAGAUGCAGCAUUCGGCUGGACCUCCGAUUAUCUAUAAGUGUCCUUACCCAGGAUGCAACAGUCAAUACAAGAACCGUCAGGAUAAUCUGCGUCAACACCAGAUCGAGAAAAAUCAUUUUGUUGGAGACGAAGCCACUCGACGACCCAGCAAGAGGAAGAAGAUCUGA